ACUUGCUAGCCCACAAACCAAAUCUAAAUUCCAAAACGAUUCUCUCCCUUUACUUCUUUUUCAACCUUCUUCUCACCUUUUCCCUCCUUUGUUGUUCCAUCUCUUGCUUGCACCCUCCUCUACUCCCAUGUCUCCUUUCUCAAGUCUUCCUCUACACCCACAUAGAGCUACUCUUUCUCUCUCAAGACUGUUCUUAUUCCACAAGAUAUAUAUUUUCAUAAAGCACAAAGGAUGCAAAAUCUUGUUUUCUCAACAAGAUCAUUGAUGCGCGCUUCUGUAGUUUAAGAUUUAUUUGCUUCUUUUCCCUUUACUUGCUUUGAAUAAAGGGUAAGCUGAUUGGAUAAAUACAUCAUAGAAGAGAAAGAAGGAGAAGGAGAAGAAGAAGAAGAAGAAGAAGAGGGCCUGGGGUUUAAGCCCAUGGGUGGCAGAGUCAUCUACUCCCUGAUGUUUUUCUUACUCGGUCUCUUCCUUUCUUCAGGUUCAAGUGUUGCAGAAAUGUUAGCAGAUGAGAAUAGUAGACAGGCAGACCAUGGAACAAAACAAGUUGUCGUGGAUGCGAGUUCUAUUUCCAGUACCCGAAAGGACAUCACCACCCCGAUAACAACUGUUCCCACAAUAAUUCCCGCCACUCCCACUGCUUCAACUCCAGUAAUAAACCCAAAUUCUGAGCCUGAUUCCACAUCGCCUGCUACCAUGACACCAAUGGUAACCCCAACCUCAACGGCAUCGCCUGUAUCUCCCGGAGCUAGCUGGUGUAUCGCUAGCCAAAGUGCAUCACCAACAGCGUUACAAGUUGCUUUGGACUAUGCUUGUGGCUAUGGUGGUGCUGAUUGCUCAGCAAUUCAGCCAAGUGGAAGCUGUUACAAUCCAAAUACUCUCCGUGAUCAUGCCUCUUAUGCAUUCAACAGCUAUUAUCAGAAGGAUCCAGUGCCCAGUAGCUGUAAUUUUGGAGGAACUGCUGUUACUACUAGCACCAAUCCAAGUACGGGGACAUGUCAAUUUCCCUCCACAAGCACAAGCUCAUCAAUCUUGAACACCACAAAUUCAAAUGGAGCAACGGUUUAUGGUGCAGUACCUUCAAAUCCUACCCCAUCGGUAGCUGCCAGAAUUAACGAGACACCACAUUUUAUGUCUCUGACAUUUCUCAUCGUGUUUCUGGCUAAAUUAACAUCAUCUCUGUGCUAGAGGGGAUACACGUUCGGUUUGGUACAGUAAUUAAACGGUACUGUCCUGAUCGAUUGCUUGCCCUGCUUGCUGGUCUAUGCUUUUUAGGAGACUUGGAAGCACAUGUGCAGGGAUGAUGAAAGCUAGGGGUAUAUAUCUCGUUGCCUUGGCUUUUUUGUGACAAAAGUAUAUUUGAUGUGUAAAUUAGUCUUUAGUGAUCACAUUGAAGGGAGGUAGUGUAGAGAAAGAAAUCUUAUUUUGUUGGUGGGGUUUUUUUGUACUGGUAGAAGAAUUUGCAGAUAUCUUCCUUUUUUUCUGUAUUUGUUGAUGAUGAGAAUAAGAAAUUAGUGUAGAGAAACAAAAUAUUAUUUUU